AUGCAGAAAUUUGUUUCAUUUGGGACAAAUUCGCAAAAGUAUAAGGAGACGCUGCAGUUCUAUAUUUUUUUCAAAAAAUUCAUUUACGCUGUGGAGGUAGGACAUAAACGGUAUUGGAAACCAUGGCAGGCAUCCAUAAUUCUAGCAACGAAUGCAAUACUCAGGUUGCAAGACAUGUUCUUGAACGUAAAAGGUUACAGCUUCCUAUUUACAGCGAGAUUCACUCAAGAUUGUGUCGAGAAUAUCUUUUCUCAAAUUCGAAUACGACAGAAGAAACCUACCGCCUUGCAAUUCAAAUGCUUCCUAAAAUCAUUAACCAUUUCACAGUAUUUGACAGUGGUUUCCGGGUCAUCUUAUGAGACAGACGACACAGAUUGGCUUUUGAACUUUCCCUCUAACGUGAAGCAAUUAAAGGAGAAAAAAGCCAUUGAGGAGCGGAAAGUACCUGUUAUAAACGAACUGACUAAGAUAGACACGCAGACAGCAUUGAAGAAAAUUAACGACAAUGAGAAGAAUGUGGUCUAUCACCUUGCUGGAAUGAUCGUUUAUAAAGUGGCAAAGCAUGACGCAGUUUGUCAACAGAGUGUUGAAAAAUGCUUAGCCACUGAACCAUUUAUCUCGGAUUACACAAAACUAACCAUUACUAAAGAUUUCACAGGUCAAGCAUUGGUAUACGUGAAUGAACCAACCUUUAUCUUUUUUUUGAAACUGGAAAUUGUAUUCAGAAGCGAGUUGGAAAAUAUGGAAAACGAUACCGUGUUUGAUGUAAUUGAAGCGCAACUGGCAAACAUUCCAGCUACACAUUUCAUUGAAUGUCAUGAUUUAAAAAAGAAACUAAUAAGGCGGUUCUUGUAUUUCCGGUUGAAAAUUCAUCAGCCAAAGAAAAUUCAUAAGAAUAAGUACGAUAGUAGAUCGAUGGCAAUGUAACUCUAUUGAUCAACAGGUUAGAUGUUCCAGAAAACAAUAAAUAGUACAGUAUAAUCCAACUCUUGUUCAUUCAUUUCAUUUUUGCCAUUCCUGUAAAACCGAAAGUUUAAUUUAUGGAUAACGAACAGAUUCUUUUUUAUUUUUUUAAACACAUGCAGAUUGGUCAAAAUACAUCAUUUACUCUAAUAUGAAAUGUAUUUAAGUAUGUAAUAGGAUGUAUUUAAUACUUUUAAAGGAAUACAAGAGCUUGGUCAUCAAUUAAUGCACUUAACCUCCAUUUUUGAGGCUGUCCAUACACCUUGGUAUCUUUUCGAAGGAUUUCGACAACCUCCCUACACCUCCGUGAAAAAAAUACCCAUAUAAAUAUUGGAAAAUUUAUAUGAACCGUUUACAUUAUUUUGCUUACCUCAUGUCUUUCUAUAUCUGUCUACGUGGUAUAUGGACAGCCCUUAUCAUGAUUCUGGUUAAAUAUUGUAUUGUACCUAAUUGUAUUCUAUACUGCAGAAUGCCCAUAGACGACACCUAAAUAAAACUAUCAGAGCUAGAAUGGAAUUGUUCGGCAGCACGACAAACUGGAUAUCGCAAUCCACCUUUCCUCAAAUAUCAACCGCAGAUCGCUUUCAACAGGUCAAGGGACAUAUCAUACGGAAAGAAUGUCUUUUGGGCAGCUACUAUCAAUAGUCUCGUAGUAUAAAAUAUGCAACAAUGCAUGUGUAUUCUCGCAGUACAAUCUACAACAUUUACAUCUGUUUCACUCCAUAAAAAAAUCUUCCAUUUCCCAAGAUAGAGAAUUAGCGAUAUGGGCAGGUGCCUGCAGGAUAUCAUUCCUUUUUAUGCGAAAACUAUAUCACGCAUAUGGAUGAAUGAAACAAAGAAAACACUGUUAACUCUUGAGGAAAAAAAACGUAUGAAGAAUGAACUUACCGAUGUUGGAGAUUGGUGUUUGAAUAAUCCACAAUGAAGUAUUUUUCCUGACUCAGUAUGUAGAUUUCCAGUUCCAGGAGCAGCAGCAACAUCACUACGCCGAAACACUUCCUGAAGCUUUUGCUUUCCGGUGCCCGGUCUUGUCCAUCUCUAUUUUGUAGGGAUUCCAGAUUUCAUUAUUGUUGUUUAGAUUUAGCAGCCUCACACGCACUGGGAUACUGUUCCGACUAUUCCAUAGUUGUCUUCACAAUUCGAUAUUGAUUUUACUUCGAAAGGAACCAGCAUCAGAUAAAAUCACUUCCGGAUAGCGGAACCAGACACCAGCAUAUCCCAGUAGCAGUAGAUUAUUCGCUGGCUUCCGAGCAAAAUAGACUAGCAGCAGGACAAACUCUUUUCGGCAGUAGUUUGCAAAACAUCCUUCCAUCCCUUCUGGAGAAGUUUUCCGCAGCUGCUCGGGCAAGCGCUGGUUCGCGCUGUUCCAUGGAAUUAUCAAUAAAAUAAUUGGCGAUCAUAAAAACAUUGAAAUUAUAAUGAAUCUACUUACUGUAAUCGAGCAAAGGGAUAAAAACAGUUACAAACAUUUUGCUGUUUUGAAAUCACAAUGAGCACAAUACUCGCAAUUUAUUUUUCUUCUCAGGCUGAAUUUGACAGGUCAUUUGUUCGUUUGGAAUGACACUGACAGCUCAUCGCUGUUCCAAUUUUGACAUUGGCGUCACUCUUCUUAUAGGC